ACGGAGCUUUGUACAUACAGCGAGGAGAGUCCGGGAUGGCGCGGCGAUGCCCCGAUCUGCUGUUCCUGUUCAUCUCUCUGUCCUGCUGGGCUUCUUUGAAUGCUCUGGAACUGGUUGCAUUGAACAAGAAGUCCUUUGAAGGUAUCCAUGGUGGCAAAAUAAUUCUGGAUUGCAAGUACACUAUAGCACCAGAGGACAUUGGAACGCUGGAUAUUGAAUGGUUUUUAGUGGCAGCUGAUUCUCAACAAGCUGACCAGAUGAUCAUUAAUUACAAUAGGGAUGUAGUGUACCAUCAUACUGGGCCACUGAAAGAUCGAGUGCAGUUCGCAUCUAAUGACCCCAGAGAAGGGGACGGCUCCAUAGAGAUCAUUAACCUGCAGGAAUCAGACACUGGGACGUAUCAGUGCAAAGUAAAGAAGCUCCCUGGCUCCAAGAACAUGAAGAUGCCUCUGACUGUGUAUACUAUGCCAGGAAAGACCAGGUGCUUCAUUGAAGGAAAGCAGGAGAUUGGAAACGAUCUUGCCCUAAAAUGUAACACCAAAGAGGGAUCUGCUCCACUUGCCUACUCCUGGCAGAAGAUCACUGGGAUGGAGAAGCUUCCACCUACAGCAACAGCUGAUUCAUCAGGAAGUGUUCUCUCUGUAAAAAAUGCUUCUCAGGAGUUUAGUGGCACCUACAGAUGUACAUCCCGAAACCGAGUCGGCACUGACGAAUGCCUGGUCAUCCUCAAUGUUGUUCCUCCUGCAAACACAGCUGGGAUCAUCGCUGGAGCUAUUAUUGGGACAUUACUCUUCCUUAUCAUUCUGGGCAUUUUGAUCUUCUGUUGCUGCAGGAAACAAAAAGAGAAAAAAUAUGAGAAGGAAAUCCAACAUGAAAUAAGAGAGGACGUUGCGCCACCUAAAAGCCGCACUUCCACAGCUCGGAGCUACAUAGGAAGCAAUCACUCCUCAUUGGGAUCCUUGUCUCCCUCAAACAUGGACGGCUAUUCAAAGGCCCAGUACAACCAGGUACCGAGAGAAGAGCACGAGCGUGUACUGAGAGAAGAGCACGAGCGUGUACCAAGCCACAAUCCAAGCUUCACAGCACCCAAGGUAGCGGGUCCAAAUCUUAGCAGAAUGGGGGCCAUUGCUGUCAUGAUUCCAGCACAGUGCAAGGAUGGCUCUAUAGUGUGAAAGGUUCUUUGUGUGCCCUUUCUUCGCAGGUGGCACCACAUUCAUAAGACUCUUUCUUGGUUUAGUUCCUUCCCCGCACAUUCCGUAAGGAUUCACCACUGGCUGAGGUCACCUGUACAUUCAGUUACAUAUCUGGUUCUGCACAGCGGUCAUGUUCCACGUAUGUGCUUAGUCCUAUAACAAGCAAAUUUAUAUAUUUAAGGUUGAAAAUCCAUCAGUUUUUGUUUUUUUAACCAUUUUUAUAGGGGGUGAGGGUAUAAAACACAAGCUGAAGUGCAGAAGAUGUUGGCAUGUCCCCAUAUUUCAGUUUUCUUGCGGAAGGUACCAGUCAAGUAUUAGGCACUCUUGU